AUGCAAGCGAGUCAAUUAGCUGAAUACGACGAUAUUGCGAUCAGCCUGGUUAUUGACCCUCUGCUUGGGUUUAAAACGCAUAAGAUGAACCCCAAGUUUCGCUGGGUUACCUGCAAUAGAGAAGAGCUGCGAAGUAUCGUCGAAGAGUACAUAUCUUCAGGCAAUUUGGAUGAAGCGUGUAAUGGCAUUUUAUCUACGAAGUGGGCAUGCCAUUAUUUGAUGAAUAAGGACCCGCUUCAAAAGCAACUUUUCAAAGAGCAUCUAUGCCGUUAUCUACGAGUUUUUUCGCCAAAUAGUGGCUUCAGCAUUUUGCCAGUCAGGCGAUACUCUGCAGAAAAGUUAGAAGCAAAGAUAAGCGUAACAACGGAAUGGCUGAAAUCGAGCAAAAUACAUGAUCUAUGUGGUUGUAUUGCUGAAAUGACAGAAGAUGAAGAGAAGCGUCUCCUUCUGCCCGGGGAGAAUGAUUUUAGUAUCAUGUUUUCUACCAGAAAGAAGUGUUCGCAGUUGUGGCUUGGGCCUGCGGCCUACAUCAAUCACGACUGUCGACCAUCUUGUAAGUUUAUCUCCACCGGUAGAAAUACAGCUUGUGUAAAAGUUCUUCGCGAUUUAAAGGCCGGUGAUGAAGUUACUUGUUAUUACGGUGACAAUUUUUUUGGUGAUAACAAUAAGGAUUGCAAGUGCGAGACAUGUGAAAGGUAUAUUGCUACUGCUAUUCAUAUCUCUUAG